GUGUUUUCCGUUUGACUUGAUCCUCAAACGUCAAACCCAUUUUACGUUCAGCAUUCCUAAUUUGAUAAAAUUUAAAAGGAUUUCGUUUUUACGACAACUCUAUAACAAAUCGUUUUAUUCCUUCGUUUGUUUCGAUUUUACGACGUGUGUACAAAGCGUGUGAGUUUCAUCAAUUGUAUUAUUGUUGAAUUAACAAUCAAACACACCACCGCCACCCAGCUUCCACGCAGUUUGUUUGUAUUGCGUUAUGACACAUUCGAUCGCCACUGCAAAAUGCCCAUCUGCACUCACGUCCGGCAAUUAUGGCAUGUCACAAAACCGUUACACCGAUGAAUCUAAGGAAUAUAUCUUUGUCAAACUCACCGAUUCUGCAUAUCGCGCCAUCGAGGAAUAUCAACACAAUGAGAAUACCAAACGUUUCACAAAUGGUCAACGUGCCAAAAUUCAAGUCAAUGGCAACUCCGGUGUCAUCUUUUUUCCCACAUUGGAUAGCAAUGAAGGCCGUAAAUUUGGUUUUACUAUCGAUGAUGUUGAGGGCUCCCUUGAGUGCAUACAACAGACCUCUGAAGGUCUCGAUGUACUCGGCUCAUUACCAUAUCGCAUGCGUAUACAUGCCAACGAUGAUAUCUAUGACACGACCCGUACCAAAAUGGCAAUUGCCGAAGAGACGGAGAAGAGCAAGUGUAUACGUGAAAUUAAACCAAAUCAAACAGACAUUGGACGCAAGGUGAAGAAGUCUGUACCUUCGUCGGCCAUCUAUCAGCAUUUGGGGCAUAGUGGAAAUAGCAACAGCAACACUAACAACAGUAGUAGCAGUAGUAAUUAUUUAAGUAGUCUUAGUCGUAGUAAAUUAGUAUCAUCGCUGAACAGUAAUUCGCCGCCAGCCGCCACACAACAUUCGUCAUCGUUAAAUAACAAACAUGGCGGCACAACGUUUUCCUCGUGCUCCUCGUCUUCACGCUCGCCCAACCCCACGUUGUUGGGUGGGUCCGGCACAGUUGCCAGUGGUAGCGGUAAUAGCAGCAGCGCUAUUAACCGUUAUGGCAGCAGCGGUACAAGCAAUAUUUAUUCUCAAAGCAACGUCUCCCCAUCGCUGCCAUCACUAACGUCCGCUUCAUCGCUCUCUUCCACCCUGGCAGGCGGCAUCGCUAACGGCUACGCGUCCGCUGCACAACACAAUUCACCACCCGAGACCGCCACAUCUACAUUAGCUGGUAGUAGCGGCGGCAGCGGUAAGCAGUCAAGACUUAGCAAUAAUGCUGCUGGCGGCAAUGGUGGCAAUUUCUCACGGGGUGGUGGGGCCGGCUCGAAGUCGGGCGGUGGCGGCGCCAAAGGUGGUGGUACUUCAAAUGCCAAUAGUGGUGGUGGCAAGUUACCUGAUAUAUCGCGUCGAAAAAUACGCGAACGGCUAAUACAUUUACUUGCCUUGCGGCCAUUCAAGAAGCCUGAAUUAUAUUCACGUCUCCAAAACGAAGGACUGCGUGAUCGGGAGCGUUCACUGAUUAGCAAUAUACUCAAGGACAUUGCGACGCUGUCUCGCGACAACACCUACAACUUACGUCGUCAAAUGUGGAAUGAUGUGAACGAGAAUUGGCCAUACUAUACGGAACAGGAGUUGCAGCAAUUGAAACGCCGGAAGCCGCAAAAUCUAACACCGCCGCUCAGUUCAGACGCGGGCAGCUCAACGUCGGGUCAAAGUCCAACGUCAAUACAUACUGGCAGUCCUCCACCACUGGGCGGUGGUAGUAGCUUGAGCGGCGGCAAUAGUUUGAAACGCACUAGUCUGGAGUACGAUGAGCCAUUCGUGAGCGCAGUUCAGCCGAAGAAGCAACGUAUUAGUCAUUUUAAGAAGGACGCAAUAGCUGCUGCCAACACCGCUAAUGCGGCGGGGAGCACAAGUAGUGGCGGUGCGCCGAGUAAUGGGUCGCGGGGUGCUGCCUAUGCUGGAAUGGGCGCCAGCAGCAGCAGCAGUGGGGCAAACACUGGCUAUCCGAUGCAGCGCAGCAAACAAGCCACAUCUGCGUCAGCCUAUUCUCCACAAGGCUCCCGUAAUGCUGGGCAUGCUGAUGAGAACUCUGGCAAUUCUGAUCUAAGCUACAACGUGCUCAACAAUAUGGACGACUUUAUGUUGAAUAUAGAGCAGCAGCAAGGUAGUAGUUAUCUGCCACAUAGCAGCGGAAGUGGCGGAAUGCGAAAAUCAAACAGCAGCGGCAGCGGUAAGUCAGCUGGUAACAACCCGAAGGAAAAUCGACACUCUGGAGGUAGCAGCGGUUCGUCUAGUGGUACGAACAUUUCGCCCAAAAACAGCAAUAACAGCGGCAGCAACAUUUAUAGUGUACAAGAAAACGAAGGCAGCAAAAGUAGCAGUAUGAAACAUGGACUGAAGCGUGCGGCUUUAGCAAGCUCACCAAAAAGUGGGCUGCCAUAUGGUGCCAAUUUUGUUCCAGAGUCUAGCAGUAGCACUAGCAGCGGCAGGUCGGCUGGUCGCGAUGUGAGCAGCGGCAGCAACAAUCGCGGGGGAAGUGGGAAUUACCGUCACCAGUCGCCCAGUUACCUGCAACAGCAGCCGCAGCUGCAACAAAAGUCAAAUAUUAGUGUCAUAUACUCACCGAAAAUGCACACAGCCACGCACAGCGGUGUCAAUGAGCGUGAGGAUUAUGUGCCAACGGGGAGAAGCGGCAGCAGCAGCAAUCGAGCACAAGCAACGUCACGCUCCGCGGCGGCGGCGGUGCCAACAGCGACAACCGGUAGUAGACAGCAGCAACGCACCAGUGGCAUGCGCACGCCCACUUCACCAGUUCAGGAACAACAACGGCAUGCGCUGCAACACCAGGCACCACAUUACCAAUCGCAACAAACGACGCAUUCCGCCAGCACAUACUCUCCAGUGCAACGGCAUAACAACCAACCACCCCAUUAUCCUUCUCAUCAGCAGCCGCAACAACAACAACAGCCAACGCAGUUUGAAAGUCCAACGGAAAUGCCGACAACAACGCCGCAGCAUUCCGCCAUCACACAUGAUACAGUUGACACAGACGCCGCUGCUGAAACGCCAAGCUAUGACUUUAGCAAUUAUACGGCUAUUACAAGCAUCGAACAGCGACGCCAAUACAAGACUGAAUUUGAACGGGAUUACGAUGAGUAUCGCCAAUUGUUGGAGCGCAUCGAAGAUGUGCGCCGCAACUUCCAGGUACUUGCCGAUCAAUUGCAACGUGCGCCACAAGGCUGCUCUGACUAUGAGCACAUUAAGCAGCAAAUUGUGGCCGAAUAUGAGCGCAUCAACAACGAGGAAGAGCUGAAACGCGACAAGCAACGUUUCGAUUACUUGCAUGCCAAAUUGGCGCACAUUAAACAGCUUGUGACCGACUAUGAUAAGACGUUGACUUCGAUGGCGGCAGCGGCGGCAGCCGCAGCAGCUGCGGCUGCGGUACAACAACAACAGCCACGACAACAAGAGCAGGAACAGCAGCAGCAUGCAUCGGCAACGGCAGCAAUGCAUUUGGCCGCAGAUGCGACAUCGCAUCUAGUCGAUGGCAGGAGCAAUGUAUUGACCGCGGCGACUGCGCAUAACGCACGCGUCUCGCCUAUGGUGAGUGGUGGUGAAAGUAAUCAUUCACCGCCUGGCGAUUAUCAGCAAGAAGCGCAACACUAUGCGCAGCAGCAGCAGCCGCCGCUGCAACAACAGCAAAGUCAUCAAUAUGUACAUCAGCAGCAGCAGGACCAGCAACAAUAUACGCCACUACAUGAAGAAACUGUGGUGUAUAGAAAGAAGAAGCACCACUCACAGUACAGUAAUGUACAACAACACACACAGCACAACCAACAACAGCAACAUCAAUAUUUGUCGUCGCCACACCAAUCGCCUGCUGGUGGCCAAUAUAGCACACAGCAACCUCAGCUACAACAGGAACAAUUCCAUGGUAAUCAGCAGCACCAGUCCCAGCAUUUGCCAGUUGAUGAAAAGAAUGUAGCGAGACAUCAGCAACGCAACAACAACAAUAAAAAUGAUACAGAUUCAGAUGAUUCGUCGGAUUCCAAUGAUGAUGACGACGACGACUCUAAUGACGAUGAUGAUUCGAACGAUGACGACGACGAUGAUGAUGAUGGCUCUGAUUCCAAUUCGAAUGAUGAAGGCGAUGGCGAACAUGAGCAUGAGCGGUAUUGAUUUUUGUGCACAUGCUGUAGUGAAACUUCGCUUCGCCGCUGUAUGUAAAAAGGGCAUAAGACACAAAGGAGACGUCCUGAGAAUUAGUUUGCAACCAAGACGUAUUUAGGGACUUGGUGAUUAUCGCCUUUUUUCUAUGUCUUACAUUCACAUGCGAGCCUAGCUUCCUAAUGAAUGAAGUCAGUUUGUGGUUUUUAAUUGCGAAAAUGUCUUUCCAUUGUAUGAAUUAAGCAGUCGCCGCGAGAGUCGAAAAAAAGUAAGCCAUGCAAAUAUAUGUAUGUACUAGUUUGUUUUUGUAAAUAUGAUUUUUCGGUUGUAGCAAUCGCAACCGGAAGUUGCCAACGGUUUUAAAUACGUGCUGGUUGCAAAAUCACUUUAGAGUUAGGAAUUUUGUAUUGCAUGCGAGGGUAGGAAUGUUAAAAAAUGUGAAUUGGAAAGUGCAGU